AUGAAAACAGAAGAGUUUCUACAAGCCUAUCGCCGCAUGGUUGGUCGACGUGGGGUACCAAGAGUUAUACGUUCUGAUAACCAGACCACGUUUCACAAGGCAAACAAGGUGUUUAAAGUGACCAAACAGAAAGCAAAACAAGCUAACAUUAACCCAAGAGAAGUCGAAAGYAGGCUAGCUAACGACAAGGUCAAGUGGAAAUUUAUSACUGAAAGAGCAAGUCAUCGUGGAGGACACUGGGAACGAGUGUGCCGUCAAAUUAAGGAACCACUGAGAAGAGUGUUAGGCAAGGCACUUCUAAGUUAUACAGAGAUGUAUACAGUAMUGACAAGUAUUGAAGCUACAAUUAAUUCGCGACCCCUCACAUACAUCGGUGACGAUAUCAGAGAUGGGAAAGUAAUCACGCCAGCACUAUUGGCUAUCGGCAGAGAUCUUGGCAGUGUACCUGAUGUAGCUAAACAAAGUGUCUCACUAGAWGAUCGUUAYUWCUAUCAACAGCGCCUGCUUAACCACUUCUGGUCUCGCUGGAUGCGGGAGUAUUUACCAACACUUACAGUGCGACAAAAGUGGCCUCGAGAGAUGACGCCUCUUAAAGAGAAUGAUGUCAUACYGAUAGCAGACGACAACAUCCCUAGAGGAAGGUGGAGACUUGGAAAGGUUGUCCAGACUUUUCCAGGAGCAGAUGGUCUAAUUAGAACAGYKAAAGUCAAGACUAAGCAGGGAAUGCUGAAUAGACCGGCRCAAAAACUUCAUUUGCUAGAAGCCUUUAAAGAUCUUCCAAGUUCCACAUCCCUGCCACAAGAUCUUCCAAGUUCCACAUCCCAGUCACAAGAUCUUCCAGGUUCUUCAUCCAAGUCGCGAACUAACCCUUGUCCAAACUUACUGCGUGGGGGAGGAU